UUAAUAAAUACUAUUUCAAACAUAGAGAAAAAUGUACAUCCCAAUUAUAUCCUUACUUUUCUUAAUUUCUCGAACAACUAGUAUCCAGCUAAGGCAACAUGCCGGAUUUGCAAGAUUAUUGCAAAAUGGGGACGGUUUGACGGCCGAUCAGCUUCGUACCGGGGUUGACGUGGAUGACUGGUUUGUCCCAAUUCGUUCAGAUCAUUAUCCCCCGAGUAGUCGGGGAUGUCCCAGUCCGACCGAUGGCUAUCCAUGGGUGAAGUAUGGAAAUCCGCCACGCUGCUACUUGACCGGCUUUCAAGGCCCGUGCCCCCUCCAUAUGAAACUGUUCUACAAUCUCAACUCCCCCGAAUUCGGGUAUUGUCAAUGCGACUGUUCAAUAUUGAUCCCACCUCGCCAGAUGAAUACUACUGCAUGCGCGAGUCGAAGGAUAUGCAACGUGGGGCCCAUACAGAGUUGCGGGCGUACAGUUUUUACUCAGAAACGAAAUUAUGCUACCCACUAUUCUCCCAGGGUGCUUGCAAAUCGGACGAGUGGUUCGUCAUGGAUCCAUCUGGGACGAAAUCCAUCUGCAAAAAGAGACGCUGUCCACAUCCCAGAGAUUCAAAUGAAUUGAUAUUCUUCUCCAGCAGUGAGCAAUCUUGUCACGUGCUUGGUGCUCAGUGUCGACCUGAAGGCCGCUACUAUGCACCGGCUAACGGUCAACCGAUCAAUUUUAGAUACACCUUCGUAAAAAGCUCAUGGAUUCCGCAAUGCACUUAUCGAGAUGAUGGGGCGUUUGGUGUUGCCAUUCCUGGGCGUGAAUCGGAAUGUGAUGGAGGACAAUUUUUUUCAAAUCAGCUUAAAAAGUGUGUAACCCCAUUUAUGCGGGUGGGAGGAUAAUUAAAGGCUUAUUGCGGGGAUAACAUAUAGUUCGUUGUUAUAUUAAAUAAAUUAUAUAUGUAACAUACCUAUAUAAUUUAACAUAUGAUAUGUUAAAUUAGUGUAAAAUUAUGAAAAUCUGUAUUCUAUUUGCAUAAGUUUUAAAUGGUUAAGCGGACUCGGUCCGAAUGAUUUUUUGACAUUUGCAAUAUUUAUGUAUCACAAUUAAAUUAAAUUUUCUAAGUUAUCAUUACCUAUUUAAAUACGUAAUAAACCAUCCCACCUUUUCCUAUCUUACGAGUUAGGGGAAA